AAAAGAUUUUGAGCGCGAACCCUGAACAGCGAAGAUUAUUUUAAAAAUUUAUUUAGUUGUGUGAAAAUGCCGAUGGAUCCUGGAGAAGGUACAUCAACAUCAACGUCUGCAGCCAAUGGGAAUGUUCAUAUAUCAGCUGAUGUUGAAAAUAAAAAGAAAAAUCUCCCAUGGAUCGAAAAGUAUCGCCCUACAAAAUUUGAUGAAAUUGUCGGUAAUGAGGACACAGUUAGCAGGCUAGCAGUAUUUGCUACGAAUGGAAAUGCACCUAACAUAAUUAUAACUGGGCCUCCAGGGGUAGGCAAAACUACUACAAUUCAAUGUUUGGCACGGAUUCUUUUAGGUGAAAGCUACAAGGAUGCUGUAUUAGAACUAAACGCCUCAAAUGAGCGAGGUAUUGAUGUGGUUAGAAACAAAAUCAAAAUGUUUGCGCAACAAAAAGUUACAUUACCUCGUGGACGACAUAAAAUUGUAAUUUUAGAUGAAUCAGAUAGCAUGACUGAAGGUGCACAGCAGGCUUUGAGAAGAACAAUGGAAAUUUACAGUAACACAACAAGAUUUGCAUUAGCUUGUAAUACCAGUGAAAAAAUUAUAGAACCUAUACAGUCCCGUUGUGCUAUGUUACGUUUUUCUAAGUUAUCUGAUGCACAGGUGUUAGCCAAAUUAAUAGAAGUUUGCCAAAAAGAAAAUCUAUCAUACGAAGAGGAUGGUCUAGAAGCUGUUGUAUUUACUGCACAAGGCGAUAUGCGACAAGCAUUAAAUAACUUGCAAUCAACAGCCAAUGGUUAUGGUGUUAUUACAGGAGAAAAUGUAUUUAAAGUUUGUGACGAACCUCAUCCCUUGCUGGUACAAGAUAUGUUAGAAAGAUGUAUUGAAAACGAUAUCCAUAAGGCCUACAAAAUAUUGUCAAAGCUAUGGAAAUUAGGUUAUGCUGCAGAAGAUAUUAUCGGAAACAUAUUUAAAGUAUGUAAGAAGAUGACAAUGGAUGAAAAAAUGAAAUUGGCUUUCAUAAGAGAAAUAGGUAUAACACAUAUGAAAGUAGUUGAUGGGCUUAACACUCUAAUUCAGUUAACUGGGUUACUGGGUCGGUUAUGCGAAUGUUCCUCAAAUUUUUAAUAUCAAGUUUUGAGAAAUUGAAUAAUUUAUAUUUUAGAAAUGUACGAACAUAUGUAUUUAAUAAUUUUUGCUUAUAAAGUAUUAUCCGUUUACUUAAAA